AAGCUUGGAACUUAUAAAGAACUCUACACAUGAUAGAAACUAUAUGAAUGUGACAUCCAUAGUAAAUCUUUGACAUGAAAUCAUCCAUUAUUGAAUCAAAAGAGCAUUGACAGAGGAAGGAAAACAUAUCACUGUGAUGUUAAACCUGAAUCAUUCUUUCAAAAUGGUGAAUUGUUUCUACACAGUUCUAUUAAUAUGAAAGAUAUAACUGUAACCUAAGCUAUUUGUGCUAAAUCAAUCUAUGAAAAUGAUCAAUUAUUGAAAUGUAAAUGCAUUCAUACAGAAGAGGAACCACGAUGAUGAUGAUCCUCAUCAUUUAACAUUCUCCUAUUCAUGCUUCUGUGGAUCAGAUGGAAUUCAUUGAUGGAGAUUUUCUACAUCUGGGUCCCUUGUGACCAAUCCUCACCUGUUUCCAAGCAAGGAAUUAUUUUUCCUGGUGAGACAUAUUUUACGCAGAGGACUGGAAGUGAACAACUGCACAAGUAUGACGGUCAUGAUGGCCCUUUACGAACAUCACAUAAUAUCUGGACAAGGGUCCACACACAUAAAAAUCACAUGAAAUUGGCUAAAAAGUAUUUUUUACUUUUAAAGAAUCAUCAAUAUGUGUCAUGUUUGAAAGGCUCUGCAAAGAUAUUCUACGAACGUAUAAUCCUGCUUCUAGAAAACAUUGCUGAGUUACAGUAAAAUAUUUCCUCUGAGAGAGAGAAAGCAUUUCUUUACUUCUGAAAUGUGCAAGAGAUAAUUUUCUCUUUUAAAUUUGUUGAUCUGUACAACUUGAAAGAUCGAUUUUAUUAUUCUUGAAGAGAUGUCUGAAGAAUUAGGAAAAUCAUCAUAUGACUGUGACAUCUGCAAAGAGUCAUUCUUAGAAGAAAGUAAAUUCAAUCAACACAAACAAAUUCAUAAAGGGGAAGCACCAUAUCACUGUGAUAUCUGUGGUAAAUCAUUCUCUGUUCGCAGUAGCUUAACCAAACACAAGCGUAUUCAUACAGGUGAGAAACCAUAUCACUGUGAUAUCUGUGGUAAAUCAUUCUCUCGUGCUCAUAGCUUAGCUAUUCACAAGCGUAUUCAUACAGGGGACAAACCAUACCACUGUGAUAUCUGUGGUGAGUCAUGCUCUGAUGGCAGUAGCUUAACUAAACAUAAACGUAUUCAUACAGGAGAGAAACCAUAUCACUGUAAUAUCUGUGGUAAAUCAUUCACUGUUAGCAGUCACUUAACUCAACAUACACGUAUUCAUACAGGGGAGAAACCAUACCACUGUGAUAUCUGUGGUAAAUCAUUCUCUGUUAGCAGUAGCUUAACCAAACACAAGCGUAUUCAUACAGGUGAGGAACCAUAUCGCUGUGACAUAUGUGGUGAAUCAUUCUCACAAAAACAUCACUCAAUUAAACACAAGUGUAUUCGUUGUGAAGUUGAUCCAUAACACAGCAACAUUGGUUGUAUAACAUUCCUUCAGAAGGACAAGUUUGUAUCUCAUAAAACCCUCUACACAAGAAAGAAACUAUAUCAAUGUGAUAUCAAUGGUAAGCCUUUCAUCUGAAAUGAUCCAUUAACGAAUCAAAAGAGCAUUGACAGAGGAAGGAGAACAUAUCACUGUGAUAGCAGUGCUUAAUCAUUCUAUGAAAAUGGAGAAUUAUACACAGUCAUAUUAAUAUGAAAGAUAAAACCAUACCCUAAGACAUUUGUGCUAAGUCAAUCUAUGAAAAUGAUCAAUUAUUAAAACAUAACUGCAUUCAUACAGAAGAGGAACCAUAUCACUACAAAGAUGAUAAUCAUCAUCAUUUAAAAUUCGCUUUUCCAUGCUCCAAUGGAUCAGAUGGAUUUCAUUGAUGGAGAUUUUCCUGAGCUGGGUACCCUUUCUUGUCACCAAUCCUCACCUGUUUCCAAGCAAGGAAAUAUUUUCCCUGGUGAGACAUAUUUUACGCAGAGGACUGGAAAUGAAGAACUGCACAAGUAUGACGGUCAUGAUGGCCAUUUACGGACAUCACAUAAUAUCUGGACAAGGAUACACACACACACUCACGUGUAUAUAUGUAUAUAUGAAGAAUUUCUUAUAGGAGAUAUUUUACAUGUUUUCUCUUUGUCUAAAAGUUUGUAAUUCCUAUUAGGUAAUGAAACACAUGUAAU